AUGGAGAAUCCCCAGAUUAUUAUUCACAAUUACAAUCAUAACCCUUUUGCUUGGGCUUCAAUGGAUGGUAACUAUGACAUCACAAGUCAGGUGAGCAGUCUUGAACUGGAGCUAAGCGAUGAGACUAAUCAGACCAAGCUCACUCUUGAAAACCUUACGCAAGACAUUGACAUCUUUAUACAGAACAAGGACCCUAAGCUCGACCAACUAGUACCUGCCAAUGUUUCAGAGGAUGGAGGGAUAGAAUACCAUUUCAAUGUGUUAUCAGAAAUGGCUUAUGUAGUAGUCGAGGUUCUUGUGAACAACAGUUCCCUUUAUGAGCCAUUCCCAGAACUUUACCUGAACCUUACCCGUGAAGCAACUGGAUUGAACAGUUCUGAAGAAGUCUACAUCCCCAUCUUGAACACCUCAUUUCCUGCUGGUGCUGAUCCCCCUGUUUCAGCAUGGAAUGACACCUAUAACAUAACAGGCAACCCUUACUUGUGGAUUAUUCCAUUUAGUGAUAUAGGGGAAGCAAGUCACCACCAUUUGAUUUUGAGUGGAUGGGAACUGGUCAAUCAGACGGAUAUUGCAGUGUUUGCCUUUGGAGCUCAAUGUGUUUAUUGGAAUACAGACGAAGAGAAAUGGGACACCUCUGGCUGCAAAGUCGGACCUCUUACAUCGCGAUCCCAUACCCACUGCCAGUGUAACCAUCUCUCUCACUUUGCUGCUGGCUUUGUGAUUCUUCCCAACACUGUGCACUUCAUCAAAGAUGCAUCUCUCUUUGCCAAGAUACUGGAGAAUCCCAUCACUGCUAUAGUAGUAGGAUCAGUCUUUGCUCUGUAUGUCCUGGUUGCAGUCUGGGCUAACAGAAGGGACAGGAGAGCUGAAGAACAGGCUUGUGUGAUCUUCCUGGGUGAUAACAACCCUGAUGCCCAGUACAAGUACCAUGUUACCGUCUUCACUGGUAUGCGCCGCGGGGCAGGUACCUCAGCUGUUGCCACCAUCACCCUCUAUGGCAGUGCCGGAUCCAGUGAACCCCACGUCCUGGCUGUUGAUGGGAAGCGCAAGAUCCUGCAGAGGGGAGGGGUCGAUUCCUUUGUGCUGGCUACUCAUGGUUCCUUGGAGGAGCUGACUGCCGUGAGAGUGUGGCAUGAUAACACAGGAAAGAAACCUGAAUGGUACCUGAACCGUAUCUUGGUACAUGAUCUUCAGACCCAUCAGCUGUGGUAUUUCCUCAGUCAUACCUGGCUUGCAGUAGAUCUAGGAGAAUGUACUGUAGACAAGACGAUCCCUGUGGCCACCACAGAAGAUCUGCGUCAGUUCCAUCACCUAUUUAUCACUAGACUUCUCCGUGACAUGAAAGACCACCAUCUGUGGGUAUCCAUCUUCACUAGGCCACCCAACAGCAAUUUCACCCGCCUGCAACGCGUUUCCUGUUGCUUCACUCUCCUCAUGAUGUCAAUGCUGGCUAGCAUCAUGUUCUUUGGAAUCAACCCUGAAGAUGUGGACGUGGGAGACUCCAAAGCUCCAGGUAUGUCACAGGAGAUCGGAAUGGGAACUAUCCGUGUAACAUGGUUUGACAUCCUUGUUGGCAUUGAGAGUGGACUUAUUGUGCUACCAGGGAAUCUGCUUAUAUUGGAGAUCUUUCGGAAUGCUCGAAGCAGGCAUCAUCCAAACAAGUCUGUUGAGAUUGUUGUAGAGACUGAAGAUGAAAAAUUGGGAGCAUCUAAGUCCAAAAAUGACGUUCUCACAGAGUCGAUAGCUACAGCAUCGUCACAUGCUUCAGAAAGUGGAGAUGUGCCUCACCAUGCCGGAGAUGGAAGUCUAAACCAUCAGAAACCAUCACAGACACGAUAUCCAGAGACAAUAUCCCAGGAGAAAAUCAUAAAUGACAAUGACACUGAGGGACAAAUACAAUCUGGCUCUCAAUCCUUGGGCAUUCAUGAUCGAUCUCCAACAAGUGAGCGCUCCAGGUCAGCGGAUGUAUCUCUAAGCAGCAUCCAUGUCAGUACUGCCAAGAAAGACCCUCCAUGUUGCUGUCUAAGACCAUGCUUCAAAGGUGAAGACCAUGAUGACAUGGUGUCAUCAGAAGAUGAUCUUUCAUGCAGGACAUCCUCUUCCAGAGUCUGUUCUUCCUCUGAUCCCAGGCCUGAAUCCUCGAGUUCAGCAGCAACAGAGCAGCUCAAUGGGCCUCCUUUCUUCAUGCGACAUGAAGACUACCUCCAUCACCAUAUCAACAAAAUGUACGAAGAAAUAUACCAUGCGCCAGAAGGCUACUUUAAAACGGAGGAAGAUCGUAAGAUGGCAUUGCGUAAACUGGAAGAAACUCUCAAAGUACAUGGCUGGUAUCAGUAUCUACCAGAGGAAGAGGAAGGUCAUGCCACUGCUGAAGAUGACGAGAAGAGCAGUUGCUGCCACGGUCAAGGAUGCCUGCCCUGGUGGUUUGUCUACAUCGGUUGGUUCUUUGUAGUAGCCACCAACUUGGUUUGUGGCUACCUGGUCAUCCUGUACGGCCUUAGCUAUGGUCUCCAGACCUCUGUGGACUGGCUGGUCAGCAUGGUGGUGACAUUGCUCCAGGAAGUCUUUGUCCUGCAGCCUAGUAAGGUCAUCCUGGUGGCAGCAUUCUUUGCCAUCAUCUGGAAGAAACAUGAGGAUGACGAUGUAGGUGUGGACAACUUUACAGAUGCAGCCACAGGCAUUUUCAUGACCCCACCAAAUGCAAAAGGGAAAGGACAAAGGCGUACAAUUGCCCGCUACUACCAGCCACCCCCUAUUGAGACUGUCAAUCAGGCCAGAGAACGAAGGGAAGCUGAAGCCAAGAUGUGCAAGAUGCUGAAAGAACUUCUUGGACAGAUUCUUCUGGUGGUCCUAGCCUUAGAAGUUGCACACUUCCAGAGAGACCCUAACGCCUACAUGUUUCACCAAGCCAUGACGGACACCUUCACUGGAGGAUUUGAAGAUGUUUCCUCCAUCAAUGACAUGUACGUGUACUUGGAAGAAUCGUUUGUACCAGAGCUUUUUGGGGAAAACAGGGGAUAUCUUGGAGAUGAAAGCACCUACAGAGUAGGACGAACUAGAAUGAGGCAAGUCAGGAUAUCACCAAAUGCAUGUACUCCAGCUGAGCGUGUAAAACAUCUUGUGAACUGUACUGGCUUGUUAGGAUCUCAAGAACAUACCGACAGACAGACUUAUAACAAAUCCUGGUCAGAACUCCUGAAAGACGAUACAGAAUUCGAGGUGGGCAUCGAGUCAUUUGGCCCUUGGAAGUUCACAUCAUCAAGAGCAUCCUGUGGAAGCUAUCACAUGGGUACAGUUGGUUUGUAUACCCGCGGUGGCUACAUCCAGGUCCUGGGUUCGACUGCCCGCAGCACUCUUCGCAUACUCCAGGAGCUUGAGGAUCGGAAGUGGUUGGAUGAGCUCACUAGGGCUCUCUACAUAGAGUGGACAGUCUUCAGUGCAGAUGCUGAAUUGCUAUGUGUAUGUACAGUCUUGUUUGAAGCAACCACUAUGGGAAAUGUGGUCUCAACAGGGGAGUUCCAUGCUUUCAGGCUCUUCAGCACGGAUACCUUUGUGGACAAAGUCAACUUGGCCCUCCAGAGUAUCUAUCUAUUGGUGAUCCUUGCCCUGAUCCGCUUGGAGGUCAGAAAACUGAGACGCAAGAAGAAGGAGUAUUUUCACUUCUGGAACAUUCUGAACAUUCUGACCAUAAUCCUCUCAAUAUUAUCUGCUGUAUUCUACUGCCUGUGGGCAACAGCUUUGCACAAGACCAUGCUGGAGUAUACCCAGGAUCCGUCCAAAUUCACCUCUUUCUUUUAUGUUAUGCUCAUGGACCAAAACUUCAUGGCCUCUACAGGUUUUCUGGUAUUCAUCAACACAAUCCGUUGUGCCAAGAUCCUGCGGUUCAACAGCAGUAUCCAAACGGUGAAUCACACAUUCAGCAACAUAUCUCACGAGUUCUUUGCAUUUACUCUGACAGUGUCCAUCUUUCUGUUUGCCUUUGCACUUCUCUUUUGUCUGACCUUUGGUUCAGAUGUGAUGGAUUUCAAGGACGUGGCCUUCUCCUUUCAGACAAUCUUCCUCUUCCUGGAGGGAGGCUACGAGGAAUUCAUGGACGUCAGUGAAGCCCAUGCCACACUUGGUCCACUUUACUUCAUCUUCAUGACAUUUACCCUGUUCUUCCUCUUAUUCAAUUUUUACAUUCUCCUCAUUCUUUAUUCAUUCCGGGAUGCAAGGCGUGUGCUCCCUAAUGUGGAUCACAAAGAUGUGCUGGGAGCACUUGUAGACUGGAUAUUUUCAGUUUGUUCCAUCAAAAGAUCACCCAGGAAAGACAGUACUCAGAAGUCUGUUUCAAUAUUCAACAUCAAGAGGUGAAUUUUGAUGCAGAGCUACUCCAUAUAGAAAUUAGUAAAGUGCAGUGAAUGACUCAACGAAUGAGUGGAGUAUGGAGUGUCAUAUACAGGGUAGAGUAAAAAUUUCCAAUUGCAUUCAAAAUGAUUUUUGCAAACAUCAAUCUACACUGUAACUCGGUAAAUUGCCAAUAUUGUAACUCGUCCACUCACCUCAUGGUCUACUUUUAUUUAGUCUUAAACCAUUCCCUCCAUCAACAUUUUGUUUAACAACCAUUUGGUCCAUUCAACAUUUGGUCCAAUCAUCGAUCACCUUGUCUAAUUGCCAUUUCGUCUAUGACCAUUUCAUCUCGUAACCAUUUGGUCAAAUAUCCAUUUAAUUUUCAUUUAUUUUGCACAAUUUAACAGUUAUUCCAACUAGACCAAACGGUAUAUGCACUAAAUGGCUAUUGGACCAACUGGUUAUUAGACCGAAUGGCAUUAGACUAUGAGUAGACCAUGUGGUGAGUGGGCAAACUGAUGGUACACCGAAUGAUAGUAGACGUGUUGGCAAUUGGAUGAAUUGGCACUAGACAAAUUGGAAAUAAACCUGUAACUCUAGCUGAUCUCACUAGAAAUGAUAAAGUCUAUAUGACUUCCAGUUUUUCCAUUUGCUUUCUUAAAUGUUGUGACAAAACAAACAGCUUUAUGGAACACUAUCCAUCUCAAACCAAAUCUAAAAUAUAGCUAUUGGAAAUUAAUCAACGUAGUGCACUGUUCUUGCCAACACAGCAAUAUGCUAUGCUAAUAAUGCUAUUGUUACACAUGUUCAGAUAAUAUUUUGUUGACAUCUUAAUAAGCCUCAUUCAGAUAUGAUGUGCCAAAGCUUGUCAUUUUUUUCCAAUAGUGUUCAGAUAUGGUUCGACAUAUUGCAUUACAUAUGCUGUUAAAUAUACAUUAUAUGCUUGAAAUAUCAAGGAGGAUCUAAAGUUGUGCGACAAAUACUAAUGACAUUAAAAAAUCUCUUUAAUGGUUUCAUGAGAUGUGCCAUACCAAGUCAUGAUUAUUACCUCAGCAUGAUUCAUGUUGAAUGAUGAACUAUCUCCGUAAUUUGUAUGUACAGCUCUUGGUGGAUUACAUUGACUUUUUCAUUUGUGUUGAACUUGUGGAAGAAUUUGAUUGGUCCACUUUUUGGUUUUGCCUUGCAUUAAAAAAAAGGUUGCUUGUCUUUGCAACAGUUUUGUACCUCAUAUUGUAUUGAGUUUGUACAGAAAAAUGCUGGAGUGAUACGAUAUGUUGCUGACCUUUGUAACAACAUGUCAUAACAAGUCGUUCUCACGUCAUAUGUAAUGUAAAUUACAUGUACAUAUAGAUCAAACUGUGAAGUUAAGCAGAAGUUUCCUUUAAUAUUUUGUCACAUUAGUGUUUGUGGGAAAAAUGAUCAGAUGUAUGAGUAAAGCCACAGGAAUACCAAUAUGAAAGGUAAAAAUUGAUUAUCAAGAUAUCUGUAAAUAGUAUAGUGCCUUUCAUGAAGUGGUUAAGGGCUUGCUACCCAUGGCAUAAAGGCCAAAUCCAAAAACAGUUGAUAUGAAUAGAGAACAAAAUAGAAAAGUGUAUAAACACUAUAAGUGACAUCAAUAUCGCGGUGGACUUAGCCUUUAAUUAGAUUAUAGGUGGAAAUUUAUUUCGUAAUUCUUACACAUUUGGUAAUACUGUUUGAAGUACAUGAUACUUUAAGGUGAAGUUCACCCUGACAAAAAGUUUAUUGUACAAAUAGCAGAAAAAGUAAUAAAAAUUGGUAAAGGUUUGAGGGAAAUCCAUCAAAUAUUUACAAACUUAAUAGAAUUUUAAUUUUUGGAUUUGUGACGUCAUAUAUGCGAGCAUUUAAAAAUCAAUAAAAUGUCAUUUUCUCAAAAAAUUGAAAAUGAUUUAUAUUGUACCUUCAGCAUAUUCAACAGACAAAUUAUUUCACACCUGCUCCUGAACAAAAAAUUUUAGUCAUCAUGAACCAUUAAAAUGUUGAAAUUUAUUCCUUUUAUAUUACCUAACAUAAGGCAGCUACUCGUAUAUGAUGUCACAAAUCAAAAACUUCAAAUUCUAAUAAACUCUCAUAAUCUUUGAUGGAUUAUCUUCAAACCUUCACCAAUGUACUUUCAUUACUUUUUCUGGUAUUUUUACAACAAUCUUUUCAUCAGGGUGAACUUUUCUUUAAUAUGACAUGGAUUUUUCACCUUAAUCUGAAUAGCUUGUCUGUACCUGGUCCGGUGUUUCAUAAAGCUGUUCGUAAGAGCGACUUUAAGAAUGACUGGUGGACCUCUCUAACACUUUACAUGAUCACCAAAUUCAAUAGUGAAUAUUAACCACGAGAAAGGAUCACCGGUCGUUAUUAAAGUCACUCUCAACUUACGAACAGCUUUAUGAAACAGCCCCCUGCUUUAGAGAGUCAAUGUUCUUGAAGCAUUUUGAAUAUGUACAUUAAAUACUUGUUUAUAUCUUGUCUCUAAAAUGCCUCAUUCAGACAAUAAUUGUUUAUCUUUGAACCAAGGCUAAACAUGGAAUAACACAUUUAAGAGUUUGUCUUGUUGUCUGAAAAUGUGUAUUACAUGUAUGUAAUGUAGAUUUCUAUUAAUCAUUGAACAUUGUCUUGCCAUAUUUGAAUCGU